AAGCGAUGGGGAAACCGCGUGCCAGCUGGGCUACCAGGAGCCCAGAUCCGAAGGCGUGAUGGCGGGACCAGUCCGGGGCGAAUUGCGCACGGACACAGCCAAGAGGGCGCCAGAGGACGGGUGGUCGUUCGGCGGGGGCAGGAGCCCCAACGGGUCGCCAGCAUGGGGGGUCGCGACGAGUAGUGACUCGGAACCCGAGGCCCGAGUGCGUGAGGAACGAUUCACCCGACUGGCGGCCAAGAUCGAGCAGCGGAUGGAUGCUGUCCAAGUGAUGUUGCAGGCCAUCUUCCGGCGGGGCAAGGCCCCAGGGGCAGAGUCGCAGGCGAAGAAGGAAUCGGGCGAUACCGGCAGCAGUGAGGAUACGACCUCAAGAAACUGCACAGAGCCUAAACCAGAGGUUGCGCAGAUGACUCCAGUCCCUAGCGUGAGGAAGAAGGGACCCACAACCACGGCCAGUUCGCGGGGUGCCAAGCGGGCGCUCAGCAGCGGGACGGAGCCAGAGGGCUUGACGGGACGUGCGGUUCCCGGGAGCAGCGGCGCAGGGUCCGGGAGCCAGGAGCCGGAGGAGAGGCUGGACGGGCUGGAGGGCGACCUCCAGCAGCAGACAACAGCUGUACCGGGCAUGCGGGAGGCAUGGAGUGGCGGACCCAGGGCCCCGGCUGGGGCAGCCGCAGAGGGCGGCGUGGAGACCAGGCUAGCAGAAGUG